AUGGCGAGCCAUGAGCACCGAGCGCAGCUCGGUUUCUUGCUUGGGGUUUUAUCCCUGUUACUGCUACGCUUCACUGGGCAUGUCAACGCUUCUGUGCCGACUCCAGUACCAUGGAGCGCGAUAAAUGAAACGUGCUCGAACGACACCGUUUUGACACAGGAUAGCUCGGCUUGUUUCGCUAGUUUGCCGGUAGCGAGCCCCGCGCUGUCGUUUCGCGUCAAUACAUCUUCCAUGGAUAGCUCGUAUCUUAUAAUUGAAAUGUCACGAGAAAACGUGACGGUUGAUGCUUUUCGCUUGGCUGGGCGCGUCGAGCUCACUGUUCAGGAUGUUGCACGAAAUCUGACGCUGGCUACGGACAACUGGGGCUAUCUCGCUGGACUCCCAUACGUUUAUGUUGUCUUGAAUAAGACGCAGUUUGGGAAUAGGACGUUGAAUGUAGCAGUCCAGGGGAACUAUUCUUCUGUACUAACGAGCGAGCCGCAAUCAAUCACGAUACAGGGGCCGAUUCGUUUGCGCUUCGCGGACUCGCUGAAGCAAACCUGCGCCUUAGGACCGUUCUCCGAAAGUCCGUGCUGGGGAAAUGGGACCUGUAGUACCAGGGGGGUAUGUGACUGCAGCGGCAGCCUUGUCGGACCGUACUGCUCAGUGGAGGCACCCAAUAUUACUGUUGGAGAAUCCACGACGACUUUGGUGAAUUUCAGCACCUUGUCGUAUUAUCGCUUCUCCGCACAAACAUUGAAUACGAGCUCGGGAGCUACCAACUAUGCUGUUACGUUAGCGAUUCAAGGGCAAAACGGCUGCCCAGAGCUUUUGGUUACCCCGGACAAUGGAUCUUACCGGUCGAUGCCUGUGUUCGCAACAUUCUCUCCGAAUGAUAACUUCCCAGCGAACGAAUCGGAUACGAACAGUUUCAUCUGCGGCUAUUCGACGCAAAACGUGUUGCUGUCACCAAAUGCAAGCACGUACUGGGUUUCGGUUGCAAACCGGUAUUGUCCAACGAAUAUGGAUCCGUUCUCCAAGGCAAACGUGACCCUGCAAGUGAAAAUUUGUGGCGGUAGCAGUGGUUCGUGUCCACCGGCGUCGCCGGCGUGCACCGGGCCGCCUUUCUACAACAGCUGGUUUUUCCUACUCCCGAUACUUUUCGGAGGCAUCGCCGGCGUCUUGGGUAUAGGGCUGCUUCUCGCCUGGUUGUUCCCGCGGCGGGAAUACCCGACGGAUCCAGGCGUUCUUUAUGCGAUGGGUCCUUACGUCAGCGAGGCCGAAGCUCAGAGGCUCGCGAACAGCGGCAUUCGAAUCGUGCCGUUGCGAGGGCAGCGCGGUGCCCGCAACCGUCUUCCUCCGAUACCACCUGAAAAAAUUGAAGCUGUAUUCCCAGCGUCUUUGUAUUGCAGCGGAGAGCAUCAAUCCUGCAAGCGCUCGGAUACGAGUGACGACGCUGCCGCUGGGGAAAACGCUGCAGCAACUCCAGGGGUACCUCUAGGGGGCGAGCGCACCCCUGAUGCGAUCAAUGAUAACACGACACCGUAUAUGAUGAUGCCGAAUUCCGCGGAAUCGUUGACUUCACCGUCGCUGCUUGUUCAAGCGCGAGAGUUGGCGAAAUCAACGACGGAUCUAGCGGCUGUGCCGCGACUACCCCCCGAAUCCGCCAUGUUCGACCCAGAGAGGUCGAUCGCCUACAGCAGCAUCACGUGUCCAGUGUGUCUGGAGGAUUUUGCAGAUGGGGAUCGCGUGCGUCGGGUCGGUUGCCACCACCUUUUUCAUACAGACUGCAUUGACCCGUGGUUGCGCAAGCAUCCGGCGUGCCCGGUAUGUCGCGAAGACUUUUCGCCGUUGUUGCGGAACCAUGCUCUACCAAAUGAACCUCGUUUACCGGAUCCAGUUGCACAACCUGGAGACGUCGAGCGGGGUAUUGGUGAAGCGCUCCCGCCGAGCGGCACCAUGAUGAAUGCGCCGGUAGCGCCAGCAACGCAAGCUCAUGAAGCAAGCACCGGUGCAACGACGUAUCGCCGUUGGCCAUGGCCCCGUUCAGCAUGGCUCGUUUCGCGACGUACCAGCCAGAGUCUGCCGUCAUCGACGCACACCGAGUCAUCGAAUGCCACCGACUCUCCCCAGCCGCAGUUGCGAUGA